AAUGUGAGAGACCGAAAAGUUGAUAAACUUUCCGAUAUCGUUAGACUUUGAGAUCUAGAAAAUUUAAAACAAUUAAUAUCUAACUCACUUUAAAAUCAGUGUAAAUUGAAAAUAAUUUUAACCAUGGGUUUAGAUAUUAUAGGAUUCGCAUACGCAGCAACCGUAGCCGCUGGUGGAGUAAUGGGCUAUGCUAAAGCAGGCUCCAUACCAUCACUUGGAGCAGGCAUCAUCUUUGGAUCAAUCUUAGGUGUUGGAGCUUAUCAGUUGAGCCAGGAUCCUUCUAACUACACUUUAACAUUAGGAACAACAACAGCUUUAGGUGGCCUUAUGGGAUACAGAUACUACAAUAGCAGAAAGUUCAUGCCAGCAGGUCUAAUGUUCUGUCUCUCAGUCGGAAUGUUCACUAAACUCUUGCUCAAGAACGUUGGUGCCAGCAGAAUGCCUAUAAAGAGUGGUUAGACUUAACUUAUAUAUGUACACUGUAGCAAUUUUUGUUUUUAUUUCGGUAUUGGUUUAAUAUAGAAUUUUUUGUUGUUGAAAUCAUGUUUUUUAGUUAUUAAUUUGCUCUGAACGGUAUGAAAAAUAAAUCUGAAAGUUUUACCACUAUCAAAUUUGUUGAUGAAUUUUUAAUUUUAAAUAAGUGCAAAUUAGGUAUAACAUCCAAUAGAAUUGAUCAGAGCAGUGUUAUAUUUGUUUUAGCUUGUUGUUUGUUUUUAAAAUAUUAGAAUACCAUGUAGAUGUACGUAAUAAAAAGCUAUUAAAUAUUUCUGUUAAAUUCGCUUCAGUCUUGACCGAAUGGACAAUUGAUAACUAUAACUUAUUGUGUUCAAAUGCAUUUUUACAUUAUAUUAUACUUAAUCUGUUAUAUUAUGAUAAACUUAUGUUUGUAUGAGUUGCCAUUUUCAAAUUGACAAUAUCAUUAAACGGUGUUGG